AUACAGAAAAACCAUGUUCAGUGAUUAUUCUUAAUUUAUAAAGAUUUCUGUCCGUUUGCAAUAAAUAUAAUUCAGCAGAUUAAUUUUAUUUAAAGACGAAACCAGAAUGAAUUGCAAAUAUACUCGUCGCCUUCAUUCAAACCAAAUAGUAUCAUUAGUGAGAAAAGAGACUAUUCAAAUGAAUGAACAUAAACAAUCAGUUAAAAUGUCAUCAGCUCGUUAAGCAAUGAUUUAAAUUAUCUGAUUUCUUCCUUGUUUCUUUGUAGCAUUAAUUUGUCUUUGAUUAUUAUUAAAAAUAUUGCAAAGAUUUCAUCAAAUAUAGGCUAUAUAAUGUCAGUUUUACGAUUUAUCCGUAAAGAAAGCUUUUUGUUAACAAAUAUAAGUCGUGAAUAUGGUCGCCCUAAAUUAAGUAAACGAACACUAACAACUGCUAAACAUAGUUUCCAAGCUUUUACUCUUGGUUUUAUUGGAUUAGGUAAUAUGGGCCGAAAUAUGGCGAAAAACCUCCUCGACAAAGGACACCCUUUAAUGGUAUAUGAUGUUUAUCCAGAAGCCAUGACCGAACUAGCUGACAGUGGUGCGCAAAUAACACAACAUCCUGCUGACAUGGCCGAGAGAUGUGAUCGAAUCAUUACUAUGCUUCCUUCCAGUCCUCAUGUUCAAGAAGUUUACACCGCCAAAAAUGGAAUCUUCCAAUUAGUCAAACCUGGUACACUUUUAAUUGACUGUAGUACCAUCGAUCCCACUGUAACGAAAGAUCUUGCUAUAAUGGCUGAGAAAAGAGGUGCUACAUUACUAGAUGCACCUGUUUCAGGUGGUGUAAAUGCUGCUAAAAAUGGGUCACUAACUUUUAUGGUUGGCGGCAACGACAAGGAAGUCGAAGCAAUUAAACCCAUACUUUUAUGCAUGGGUGAAAAUGUGGUGCAUUGCGGUAAGGUUGGUACUGGACAAGCUGCUAAAAUAUGCAAUAACAUGGCUUUAGCAAUAUCAAUGAUUGGUGUUUCUGAAGCAAUGAAUCUCGGUAUUCGUCUUGGGCUGAAUCCGAAAAUGAUGAGUAAAAUUCUUAACAUGUCUUCUGGUAGAUGCUGGGCCAGUGAGGUAUAUAAUCCUGUCCCUGGUGUUAUGGAAAAUGUGCCAUCAUCAAAUAACUAUGAAGGAGGAUUUGGUACUGCUUUAAUGGCUAAAGAUUUGGGACUUGCUCAGUUGGCUGCUACAAAAACUUCUUCGCCUAUCCCGUUAGGCUCUCUGGCUCAUCAGAUGUAUAGAGUUGCAUCAAAUAGUGCUUUUUCCAAAAAAGACUUUUCAUCCAUUUUCUUGUUUUUACAGGAAGGGCAAGUAUAUGAUCCUAAAAAAGAGUGAUAUUGAAAUUACCUACUAAUUAUCCUGGAUUCUUCUUUUUGUAUUGUGCAUCUAAGAUUGUCAUGAUUUCAUCUGAAGUUAUAUUAAAAGUAACUGAUAUUGAAAUCUGUGCCGGUGCUCCAACAAUGCCAAAAUGUUUUGAAUUUUUAUAUAUUGUAUGCGGGAUUUCUUUUCUAUUUUUAUAUAUUCUUGUACUCACAUUGUGCCUUUGGGAUUGUUUUUUGUACCUUUAUUACAUGGUUUCAUCUAAAAUUAUCCUAAAUAUAACUGAUAUUGAUCUUAUUUUAUUACUCUAAUGCUAAAAGUGUUAUUAAUUUUUGUAUAUUUUUUACUGUUAUGUAUUAUAUGAAUUAAAUUUUUAUUUAUUUGGA